UCUCACCCAUCAUCCUCCAUUUUGUUUACUUUAUUUCAAAUUAACCAGUUUUUUUUUUCAAAAUAUGUUAAUCUUCUUAAACCACUCAUUUCACACUAGAUCCGCCAUUAAUGCACUAUGGAGCAUCCAUCAACAAUGGUAGAUCUAAAGGAAAAUGGAGGAUAUUCUGAUGUGCUCGACCAUGAAAACCCAAAGCAUCUUCAUUGACAACGAUGAUGUGUUCUACAAUGAAGAUAAUGUUCCAGGUUUGCUCUACAAUCUUCAUCAUGUUUAUCAAGAACACCAAGAACACAUAGAGAGAAGCAAGUUUGAAGAUCUUCAUCGUGUUCAUCGCAUGGUUCUAGAUCCGGACCGUGAUGGAUACAAGGGAAAUAAGAUCCAAUUCUCGGGACCGUUGGUUUCGUCAAACGUGGAUCAGAUGCUCAAGGAUCAUGACCAUGUUUAUGUUACAGCACAACACAACUAACAUGUGUUAUAGCUUGAACUUCUCAGACAUGCAUGUGUUACAUGUGACAUGAAACCCAUGUACAACGUAACACGUGUUACGUGUGACAUGAAAACACAUUUUUAUAACUUCCCUGGCAUACACACACCCACAUGUUUACAAACCGUUUCAAGACCGACCCAAACAAGCAAUGGUAGCCGCCGAAAAGCUAAGGCAGCAAAGGUAGCCGCUGAAAAGCUAAGGCGGACUGUCAAAGGAAGCUCCACCAUUUUCUUAGUGCUAUGUAUUUUCGUUUA